GUCACUCCUCCAGCAAAAGCAGUGGUGUUUUUCUCUCCGUCUGAGUUUUCCUGCAGACUCCGGCCGAUCUCAGACCCUCUCCUCUCACACAGACCACAGCACAGCAGACUCUCUCGACACCUCUCACUCCCUCAGCACAAUGGAAGCCAUCAAGAAGAAGAUGCAGAUGCUGAAGCUGGACAAGGAGAACGCCAUCGACCGCGCAGAGCAGGCAGAGUCUGACAAGAAAGCGGCAGAAGACAAAUGCAAACAGCUAGAAGACGAGCUGCUGGGUCUGCAGAAGAAGCUGAAAGGAACAGAAGAUGAACUGGACAAAUAUUCAGAAGCUCUGAAAGAUGCUCAGGAGAAGCUGGAGCUGUCUGAGAAAAAGGCUUCAGAUGCUGAAGGAGAUGUAGCAGCACUGAACCGCAGGAUUCAGCUGGUGGAGGAGGAACUGGACCGAGCUCAGGAGAGACUGGCCACUGCGCUCCAGAAACUAGAAGAGGCUGAGAAAGCAGCCGAUGAGAGCGAGAGAGGCAUAAAGGUGAUCGAGAACCGUGCGAUGAAAGAUGAGGAGAAAAUGGAAAUUCAGGAAAUACAGCUGAAAGAGGCCAAACACAUCGCUGAAGACUCCGACCGCAAAUAUGAAGAGGUUGCUCGUAAGCUGGUGAUUCUGGAAGGUGAACUGGAAAGAGCAGAAGAAAGAGCAGAGAUCGCAGAACUUAAAGGUGGAGAUUUGGAGGAAGAGCUGAAAAAUGUAACCAACAACCUCAAGUCUUUGGAAGCCCAAUCAGAAAAGUAUUCAGAGAAAGAGGACAAAUACGAGGAUGAGAUCAAAGUUCUGACUGAUAAACUGAAAGAGGUUGAAACGCGUGCAGAGUUUGCAGAAAGGACAGUGGCCAAACUGGAAAAGACCAUUGAUGAUCUGGAAGAGUCUCUGGGUGAGGCGAAACAGCAGAACCUGGAGAUGCACCAAGUGCUGGAUCAAACACUUCAAGAGCUCAACAGCUUAUGAACAAACAACACAAGGAAUAAGUACAUGAAGAUAAAAACCUUCCACAGUCAUUCCAGCAGUUUCAUCUGCAGCCUCUUGUAGGUUUUUGCUUUUGUAUGUUGUAGGUUGUGUUAUUUCAGUCCUUUGUUGUAUUGUAAUCUUUUGAUUCUUUUCUAAAGCACCUAUUUAGUCUGUUACAUAAUAAAUAGUGUUACUUUCGUCCCAUUUGUAUGUUAAAUACACAAUAGCCGAUGUGUUAAAGGUGUUUUAGAUAAUAUUGGACAAAGAUAAAAUGCAUUAUUUGUUUCCAUCUUUCAUAUUUUUUAAAAUCAGUCUGCUGUGUAAGGUCAGUUUUGUUUUAUUUAUUUGUUUUGAAUGAACUCAAUGAGGGAAGUUGUGUUUAAAACUGUAAAACUGCAACAACAAAAUCUCAGUACUGUUACUGUUAUAGUGCUGUUACUUAGUAAAUCAUAUUGUAGUUGUGAUAUUGGGAAAUGUACUGUAUAUGAAUGUACCAAAUAUCACAAUGAAAGUAUUAGUUGUUGGAAUCUACAGAUUUCUUGAACUUUUUUUUUCAGUAAGAAGUCUUAAUAGUUUGUUUGUUAUUUAGUGGGAUCAUUUAGUACCCUUGGUGCCUGUAAGGCUUGUUUUUACUGUUGUUUUUAUACCCAUGUUAAACUAAAUAAAUGUUUACUUAUUUGCCCACA